AUGAUGGCAUCAACAUUUCUGAAAUUGAAAAAUUUGAGCAGAGACGGAGCAUUGAGGUGUCGGAAAUGGAAUCGGCAAUAUUCGAAAUCGAGCUAUGCUGCAGCAGCAUCAGAGAGUGAGAAAAUGGAAGAAGAAGAGGCUCCCUCUUCUGGAAUCUCUAGACCGCUCUCUGAAAUACUCAAAGAGCUCAACAAGAAAGUCCCUGACUCUCUCGUUAAAACCCGCCUCGAGAAAGAUGGAUUCCCUGUCAGAUACAUUCCCUGGCAUCUUGUCAACCGCAUUUUGAACUUACACGCUCCUGAGUGGUCUGGUGAGGUUCGGAAUAUCUCCUAUUCCGCUGAUGCCAAGUCUGUCUCCGUCGUCUACCGAGUUACCCUUUAUGGGACUGAUGCUGAGAUAUUUAGGGAAUCAACUGGUACUGCUUCAGUAGACGACACAAGUUAUGGAGAUCCUGUACAGAAGGCAGAAGCAAUGGCUUUUCGCAGAGCUUGUGCACGCCUUGGGCUGGGGCUCCACCUCUAUCAUGAAGAUGCAUCAUAG